AUGCCGACAUACUUGUGCCAUGGAUUCAGGUGGUACCGCCGCAGCAUUCGUGUCUUUGUCAUUCUGAACGACCUCGAAGAUUGCACGCCAGAUUGGAUCAUCGGACGAGACACUGCUGCCGUAAUUCUCAGCCAAUUCGCCGAGUCAUUUGACUUCGUACCAAGGCUAGAGAAUGAGGACGGCACCGUCGCACGACCAGAGUCCAGCCAGACGACGCCCCCGGGGGAAAAGCGGCCACGGCCACAGUGUUACGAUGAUGAAUUGGCCAUGCCCACCUCCAAGGUGCCUGGCUGCGAGGACAAUAUACUUGUCCAUGAGUGGUCCCCAGUAAAACUCUUGGAGGAAUACGACAUGAACGAAGUUGAACAUGCUGCUCGGCCGUACGCCUAUGUGGCCGAUCAUGUCGUCCGUGUGGAUCUCGGCGUAGACAUUGCGGCAGAAAUAGCGGCGUACGAGAACGCCGUCAAGGACACCCGGUCGUCGUGGUUUGAGAAGCUACGUGACCAAGUCCAGGCGGAAGAGCAAUCGCGGUGGUACGUGGUUGUGUGUGACGAUACCGAUCGGCAGGCACCCGAGAACUGUGACGAAGGAGAUGAAGUCCCGUCCGAGGUGGCUGCGGCGGCUCGACUGCCUCCAUCUCAAGUGCGGGCACAACCGGGUGUGAUGUCAAGGAUGGCUUCAGCGACCCUGGCAAGCGAUCAGAUGGACUUGGGCUAUGCAUGGAGAGGCUCAUCAGGGAGCAGACCAGACGCACCUACACAGCCCACCUUUCUUGACCAGGAUCCUUUCAGGAAAGAGCUGCCGGCAACCCCGCGCUUGAAGAAGAAGCUAUCCAUACGACGAUUAUUCUCCAAGAAGGACGCGUAG